CUCUUAUGCAUACUCUUACUAAAAUAUAUACAUCAUCACGCUGAUAAUCGACCCACUUCGGAGGGAGCAUAAUUUAAUUUCGCAUCGCGCGCUCUCCCCAAGUUUGCCGGGGGAAUGUCCGUGUACUCGCUGGAUUCCCUGGAAAACGAGCGGACAUCGACUCUGAAAAUCCCGGACUCGCUCGAACUAUGCACCGGAGGGAGUAAUGAAACCGCAGAGGUCGCCCGCGUAAAUCGGAGCAGCUCGAAGAAUGCGAUAAUUGCAUCGGGAGAAAAUUCGGCUGCUGCAGCGAGGCAAAAGGAAAUCCAGCAUCAGCUGCCGGCUUCCGGCAUUCCUCGCAAAAAGCUUGCCAGCGCAGCCCCACCCCCGGCUGCUGCUGCUGCAUCGCGACGACUCUCCGGACAGAAUAAGCGGCCCGAGUCUUACUUGGAACUCUAUCGUCGAAGAUUCAGUGCCGAGGCGUCGAGCUCCCCAGAGGCGGCUGGUUUGUCGAUUUGCGGCGACAGUUCGGGCCGACUUCACGACGCCGGCGCCGAGGAGGACGUCUCGCGGGACGAUCGGAGCGAGCUGAGCUUCUAUCGUCGACUCCUCGACGAGACCGAGGCCGAGGCUUACCAGCGGCGCACUUCUCGCGACGCGACGUGUUUCCGGCCUUACACCAUCGAGGACUACAGGAUUAUCAGAGCCACGUCCGCCAAGCUCGACCGGUCGCUCGGACCCGAUCGCGAGGACGUCUGCGCCAAAAGGGAGCGGCUGAUUCGUCGCAGAUCUUACGGCGACGCCGCGAGUGCCCUGAACUGCCAGCGCAUUAGUUCCGCGAGCAAAAAAGUCGUCGUCAGCAGCAGCCGUAACAAGCGGCAUCCGAAUAAAGAGAAGCGCCUCCACGAUGUUAGCGUCGCUACGGUGCAGGGCCCUCAAAGUCGUCGCGCGCUGGAAAUCACCGAGGAGCCCUCCAGCUCUUCCGGCGUCUCAAAGCUGGGAUGUCGGCCGUGGAACCUCAGCCUGAUCAGCGUCAUAGUCCUCGGCCUAUCGAACAUGCUGCUCACCUUCCUGCUGCUGCAGUCCGAGACCUGCGGCCGGUCCUCGAGCCUGGCUAGGCUGCUGGCCGACCCGGACGGCAACGACGAGGUCCUCGCCGGCAACAAGGACGAUCCGCAGGCGGCGAGCCUCCCGGGCGGCCCGUGCGUCCCCACGACGACGCAGGAGCGGUCCCAGCCGGAGCAGGCGCCGGGCCCGAUGGACGACUCCUCGACGGGCUUCCUCAACCUCGACAUCCGCCUCGGGCGCUGGGACUCGCGCCGGCUCUACCGCAUGUUCGACUCGGUGAUGACCGGCUCGCGCUUCGUCGAGCUGUCCGAGUCGAGCCGCGUCUGCCUGGCUACCCAGACGUCCCUCGAGAAGCUGAGCUCGCUCGUGCAGGUGGUGCACCAGUGGACGGGCACGAUAUCCGUGGCCCUCUACGCCGCCGGCGACGAGGAGUUCGAGGUGCUGCAGCGCUACCUCGAGUACAUGCGCCACUGCUACGAGCCGAUCCGCGAGCGGGUGACCUUCUCGCUGGCGGUGCCCCGGAACCGGCCGCCCCGCGCCCAGCCGCGCUACUACCCCCCGGACGGGCUGCUCGACUGCCAGAAGCCCGAGGGCACGCUCAACCAGAUGACCCGGGCCAUCUCGAACGAGCAGACCAACUGGCGCAUCCGCAACGUCUACCCGCAGAACCACAUGCGGAACCUCGCGCGCAAGAACUGCCAGACCGACUACGUCUUCCUGACCGACGUCGACAUCGUGCCCAGCACGAACCUCAGCCGCGUUCUCGACGAGUUCCUCGGCCAGGAAAAGUGCGACAAGUGCGCCUACGUCAUACCGACCUACGAGCUCGACGCCCGCGUGCGCUUCCCCCAGAACAAGAGCGAGCUCAUCCGGCUGGCCAAGAAGGGCCUGGCCCGGCCCUUCCACCAGAAGGUCUUCAUCCACAAUCAGUUCGCGACGAACUUUACGAGGUGGAUGCUGGACGCGACGCCCGGCUAUAAAGCCCACGAGAACUUAAAAAUGGGAAAGGCGUACGUGAGCCACGACGUAACCAACUUUGAGUUCCUGUACGAGCCGUUCUACGUCGCGAGGGACCUCGUUCCCCCGCAUGACGAGCGUUUUAUGGGCUACGGUUACACCAGAAAUACUCAGGUUUACGAGAUGUACGUGGCGGGCUACAAGUUCAAGGUCCUCUCGCCGACUUUUACGGUCCACUGGGGACUGCAGACCCGCAAGAGUCGGCCGGCCUGGCGCGAGCGUCAGAACAGCGUCAACCGCAAGCACUUCGAGGUCUUCAAGAAGGAGGUGUUUGCGCGCUACAUGCGCGACCCCCUCAAGAUGCUCAAGAACCCCAAUUGACACAGGCCUCAUCUGCUCGAACGCGAGACUUGAAACAAUUUUCUUCUCUACCUCUCGGCGCGGUGUGUCGCGCGUAAAUUUUCGGCGUCUCUGUUUAUUUUGUUCGACUCUUCGUCGCGUUUUACGGUAUUAUAUUGGACAAUCAUGCUGUCGCGCGAAAACGUACGACCUAUGCAUAAAUCGCUCGGGGGUGCAAGGGCCUGUCUUUUUUCACUGAUUUUUAUGGUGCUGAUAUUGCGCGCUGAAUUGACUCGAUGCCCGCGCACUAGCUCUCGCGGAGGCUCGACGUUAAAGAGCGCGUUGACGUUUCAUUGGAUUCUACGACUAGAUUCAUGGUUUUUCCUCUAUGUAUGCUGUUAUCUAUAGUCGACGUUGUAGUGUCUGUGUGUAGUCGUUUUUCAAGCCGUGCAUGGCACGUACACUCGUGAUUAACCGCAGUAUUAGGACUGUACUGUACUUUUAUUUGGAUACGUGUAUAGAAGCGUUGAUGCAUCGUUUUGAUAUAAUAUAUAUACCGUAAUGUAGCAUAUCAUGAGUUGUACAGCUCUACUACACAAAUCGAUCGAGAAAAGAAACAAAACGUGUCAAAAUAUCAAGUAGAUUUUUAAAGCCGAGGAUAGUGCAAAUCGUUCGUACACCCAAUAAUAUCAUAAUUUUCGGCGAUAGCUGCGUUAUUCAAACACAAUGUACAUGAAUGUGCCAAUUAUAUAAAUUUAUUGUAUAGCCAAUUGCGUUAGAAACACAGGUUCGUUACACGUUCACACUUCGCGUAGAUACUUAUCAUUCCCCCAAAACACUUGUGUAAAUAAAAGCAAAGAUUAUUGCAGCGAGCGAAACGUACUCGCGCGCGUUUGUACAUACACUUAUACAAUACAGCACACACACACACACACACUGCGUUUAAAAGCAAAAGUUCUGCAGAAGCACAAAGCAAGCGAUAUGCAGCUCGGAUAGCAUCAAAACAAAAGAAACAAGCAACACACGCACACACAAUGAGCACACGAUGCAUAUAAAUCCUUAACGAAGCGUAUAAUAAGCUUUACUUUCGAUGUAUUUACACACGGCGUGAAUAAGCUCGGCGGAGUUUUGUACACUAGCGUCGGAGCAUAAAAAACAAAUGAAUAUAAAAAUAAAAACAAAGUUUGUACACGUAACGCGCGCGCGCGCGAGGCCGAGCGAUGUCGCCCUGCGCGCGCACUUGUAUUAUUAACGAUUAUAAUGUGUACGUGCACGCGCACGGACUUUUUAUAUGAAUUUGUGACGAGAACGUUGAGUGUAUUUCGAGCUGGAUAACGAAAGGGGGCAAUAAAAGCGAGAACUUCUAUACGACGUUA